GAGAGAGAGCCACAGAGAGGGAGAGGCAGAGAGAAACCAGCAAUCUUUAAAGUCGAGCUUUUUUUUCCCCCCCUUUCCCUCUUUUGCUUUUUUUCUAUUGUAACGAUGUGCUAAAAUCUCUCCUGCAAACCGCCCUUGCAGAAGAGAAAGAACUUAAUAUUUUGCAAAGGAGACAGAGAGACUGGUACUGCAAUAUAGCUCUCAUCUCUCUCCCUUCUCCCCAAUUAGAUGCUGGUUUUAAUUGCAGAGGGUAUUUCUCUUUUCAUGCUUUCAACCAUCUCCUCUUUCCCACAGGGGAGGGUUUCAUUUGCAAGUUGAUCCUAAGGAUUUCUGUUCCUCUGGCAUUUCUCUCCCCUAAAUGCAUCUUUCUGCUCUUAAGUUUGUGGAUGGGGGGCAAAUUUUUCUAGUUCUUGCACGAGGAAGGCAAAAAGGACCUUUUCUAUUGAGAGAUUAAGACUAAAAGCAACGAUCGCUCCGAAUGAUUCUAAUGGGCAUUUCAGGGAUUCAAGGAAGGCUGCAUCACCGCCGUUAUUAUUACCAUCCUUAGCGUUCCUCUGUGCCCAUACAUUUAAAAUAUCUGGUGAAAGGAAGGGUGAAACCAUAUGUUGAAGGAGCUGCAUCUCAUUAGUGCAGCAUUAUUUUCAUCUGAUUGGAGAAGAAUGGUGUCUUCAUUCGGGAACGUAUAUAGUAGGAUAGCAAAUUUAUCGGCUGGUAAGUGUCAAGGUAUUUUUUUUUUUUUCUUCCACUUUCAGCUUUUUAACCGGGUCUCCUGCUUGGUCCUGGGGGCACAAAAUGCCCUAACCCAAGGCAGGCUGAGCGUUUCAAUCCUAGGUGCCUCUUUAGCUGUCACUUCCCUUUAGAUCUGCUGAUCGCAUGGGCAUGUGCUUUAGAAAGAUUAAUCAUCUCUAAACGCUUUAAUCAGCUAAAAUGACUAAUAUGUGGUGUGUAUUUAUCUGAUAAUAUACCAGUUGCAUUAAUUCACCGGCGCAUUUGCGAGGGGAAGCUUCCCUUUCGAAUCAGGGCUGUUAACCAUUUACUCCGGUAAAGAUACUGUGGGGAUUUCUGAGGGGAUCCGUUCUGCCAGGGACAUCAGCAAACCCUGCACACUCCUCUGAACUUACGUGUGGAAUAUAUUGAGCCGGGAGGGAGAGGGGUUCGAGGGUUGAGGCUCAAUAACUUUGGGAGUUUGCAUGGAUGAAGGAUGGAGUGCGACACCGGAGAAAUCUGCCCACUGGGUGUUUCCCCCCCCCCCUGUAGCCAAUGCGGGCUGUGAUGGCUACAAAGCACCCGAGUGUGAGAUCUGUGGAGUUCCAAACGCUGGUCCUACGGUGGAAACCAUGUAGAGAUGCAACACGUCCAUCCCGUGUGUGCUCGUGUUGCUGUGUGGGGCUGCAUGUGCCGUCCUCUUUAUAGGUGGCAUUUACCACGGGGAGGGGGAGAAGGGAGGCUGCUAUCGCGUGAUGGAACCGUCUACCAUCUCUUAAGUAUAAAUCAGGGCAAGGCUCGCCCAUCCCACACCCCUGGAGUUGGUUGUGAACGUCUGCCCAACAAUUGCUGAACUUUCCAAGAGCCUAACACGAGUCUGGCAGGUAGGGGCUUAAAUAAAAGGAGCGGGGCAGAAGUACUGAAAUCUGCAUUUUUCUUCCCGUUGCAGUUUUGUAAACACCAACAAAUGAUGAAACCUUCCACGGCAGAGACACUUCAUAAAGGAAGGAUGUUGUGGAUAAUUCUUCUAAGCACAAUUGCUCUAGCAUGGACUACACCUAUCCCCUUGAUAGAGGACUCGGAGGAACUGGAUGAGCCCUGCUUUGAUCCAUGUUACUGUGAAGUGAAGGAGAGCCUUUUCCAUAUACAUUGUGACAACAAAGGAUUUAUAAAUAUUAGUCAGAUAACAGAGUCGUGGUCGAGACCUUUUAAACUUUAUCUGCAGAGGAAUUCCAUGAGGAAAUUGUACACCAACAGUUUUCUUCACUUGAACAAUGCUGUGUCUAUUAACCUUGGGAACAAUGCACUGCAGGACAUUCAGACAGGGGCUUUUAAUGGGCUCCGAGUUCUGAAGAGGUUGUAUUUGCACGAAAACAAAUUGGACAUUUUCAGGAACGACACUUUCCUGGGUUUGGAAAGUCUGGAAUAUCUGCAGGCAGAUUACAAUGUCAUUAAACGGAUUGAAAGCGGGGCAUUUCGAAACCUAAGUAAAUUGAGGGUCCUUAUCCUAAAUGACAAUCUCAUCCCCAUGCUUCCCACCAAUUUAUUUAAGUCUGUGUCCUUAACCCACUUGGACUUGCGCGGGAACCGGCUAAAAGUCCUUUCGUACCGCGGGAUGUUGGAUCAUAUUGGCAGGAGCCUGAUGGAGAUCCAGCUGGAGGAGAACCCGUGGAACUGUACGUGUGAGAUCGUGCAGCUGAAGAGCUGGUUGGAACGCAUCCCCUACACUGCUCUGGUGGGGGACAUCACCUGCGAGACCCCCUUCCACUUCCACGGGAAGGACCUGAGGGAGAUCAAGAGAAGCAAGCUGUGUCCCAUGCUGUCCGACUCCGAGGUGGAAGCCAGCCUGGGCAUCCCUCAGCUGUCGUCCAGCAAGGAGAACGCGUGGCCUACGAAGCCUUCCUCCAUGCUGUCCUCCUUCCAUUUCACCGCCUCCUCUGUUGAGUACAAAACGUCCAACAAGCAGCCCAAGCCCACCAAGCAGCCCAGGGCGCCCCGGCCUCCCCCGACCCCCCGCGGCCUGUACCCCGGGCCCAACCAACCCCCCGUGGCUGCCUACCAGACCCGGCCCCCCAUCCCCAUCAUCUGCCCCACCGGCUGCUCUUGCAGUUUGCACAUCAACGACCUGGGCCUGACGGUCAACUGCAAGGAGCGAGGGUUCCACAACAUCUCCGAGCUCCUGCCCAGGCCCUUGAACGCCAAGAAGCUGUACCUGAGCGGGAAUUUGAUCCAGAAGAUCUACCGCUCCGAUUUCUGGAAUUUUUCCUCCUUGGAUCUCUUACACCUGGGGAACAACCGGAUCUCCUACGUGCAGGACGGGGCGUUCAUCAACCUGCCCAACCUCAAGAGCCUGUACCUGAACGGGAACGACAUCGAGCGGCUCACCCCGGGCAUGUUCCGGGGCCUGCAGAGUUUGCAUUACCUGUACUUCGAGUACAACCUGAUCAGGGAAAUCCAGCCGGCGGCCUUCAGCCUCAUGCCCAACCUGAAGCUCCUCUUCCUCAACGACAACCUGCUCCGCACGCUGCCCACCGACGCCUUCGCCGGCACCUCCCUGGCGCGCCUCAACCUGCGCAACAACCACUUCCUGGCGCUGCCGGUGGCCGGGGUGCUGGAGCACCUGCACGCCAUCGUGCAGAUCGACCUGAAGCUCAACCCCUGGGACUGCACCUGCGAGCUGGUGCCGCUCAAGCAGUGGCUGGAGGCGCUCAGCUCGGUCAGCGUGGUGGGCGAGGUGCUGUGCGCCAGCCCCGAGCCGCUGGCCCGCCGCGACCUGCGCUCCCUGGAGCUGGCCGCGCUGUGCCCCGCCGCCCUGCGCCCCGCCGCCGCCGCCGCCUCGCCCCCCGCCGCCCCUCCGCCGCCCGCGGCCACCGGCGCGGCCGCCUACGAGCUGCCCCCCGCCGCGGCCGCCGCCGCCGUGCCGCUGUCCGUGCUCAUCCUCAGCCUGCUCGUCCUCUUCUUCUCCGCCGUGCUGGUGGCCGCCGGGCUCUUCGCCUUCGUGCUGCGGCGCCGCCGGAGGAAGCUGCCGUUCCGCGGCCCGCGGGCGGAGGCGGCGGACCUGGGCGCGGUGCCGCUGCGCUGCCCGAGGCUCUUUCCCGAGGGUGGCGGCGGCGGCGGCGGCGGCGGCGGGGGGGGCACUGGCGAGCGGUCCCCGGAGAAGGCGCCCCCGGCGGGCCACGUCUACGACUACAUCCCGCACCCGGUGACCCAGAUGUGCAACAACCCCAUCUACAAGCCGCGGGAGGAGGAGGAGGCGGCGGGCGGCGGCGGCGGCGGCGGUGGCGGUGGAGGGGAGGCGGCCGAGCUGCUGCGGGGCGGCGGCGAGCGCGGCUUCUCCCACCCCGCCGCCCCCGCCGCCGCGCCGGAGCCCGGCAGCAGCUACCGCACCUUGCUGGAGAAGGAGCAGGAGUGGAGCCUGGCCGUGUCCAGCUCGCAGCUCAACACCAUCGUGGCCGUGCACCCCCAGCACCCCGCGGGCGGAGGGCUGGCGGCGGGCGCGCUCGGGGCGGCGGCGGCGGCGGCGGGGGGAGCCCCGCGGGACCGCGACCGCCCGCCGCCCUGCGCCGUGGGCUUCGUGGACUGCCUGUACGGCACCGUGCCCAAGCUGAAGGAACUGCACGUCCACCCCCCCGGCAUGCAAUACCCGGACCUGCAGCAGGACGCCAGGCUGAAGGAGACGCUCCUCUUCGCGGCCGGCAAGGGCUUCCCGGACCACCAAACCCCCACAAGCGAAUACCUCGAGUUAAGGGCCAAACUCCAAACCAAGCCGGAUUACCUCGAAGUCCUGGAGAAGACCACGUACCGGUUCUGACCGCCGCCCCGCCGCCCGCCCGGCCCCGCCGCCCGCGGGCAGAGGAUACAGCUGUGCGCUCUGCCCCGCCAGAUGUGCGCGCUGCGGGGCAGGGCCCUUCUCAGAUCAGUAAUCGACGAAGUGCCUUCGCAGACUUUUGCCAGCAGAUGUUAAUCAAUCAUUAUUUUUUAUACUGAAACUGAGACUUUGACUGUGCCAUGUCAUAAAGGUAUAUUAUUAUUAUUAUUAUAUUAUUAUUAUGGGGGAUCUUUGUAUUGAUCCUGAUUAAGUAAAUUCUAUGUGUGUGUCUCUCUCUCUUUUUUCUUUUCCUUUAUCCUUUUUCUUUUAUUUUCUUUAUUCUUGUCGUUUGUUUUGUUUGUUGGCUUUUUUUUUUUUUUACUUUUUUUUUUUUUCCGUUGCGAGUAAACUUCCUUGAUAUUUUCCCUUGGAGGGGAGGGGGAGGGAAGAUGGCAUUUUGUGGCUUGCUUUCUUCUUGCCCAUCAUGGCACAGAUUCUGUACAUUUAUUUAAAAGAGAAAAAAAAAUGCAAAGAAGCAAACGAGCGCAGUUUGCUGCAUGCCUGGAAACUGCAAGAGGGAAGGGAGGGGAGGGUCUUGCUCGAAUGUCUCGCUCUUGUCUCUCUCCCUCCCUCGCACGCACACUCACCCUCACCCUCCCCGCACCCCCCCGCACCCCCCCGCCAGCCCGGCCCCCCGGCGCAGGGCGGCAGCGGGGCCCGGGGGCCGCGGGGGGAAUCCCGUGGGCUGGGGGAAACCCCCCCCCUCCCCGGAGCCGAGCAGCCCAAAGGAUGUCACCACGUGGCGCACACACCUAGGGGAUGCUCAGUGACACUUCAUCAUGACGCCAUGGUUUUUUGGAGGACAUCCGCACUUUCCUAAUAAAAGCAACAUGCAAAUAUACAGAAAAAGGGAAAAAAAAAAAAGAAGCUACUGGGCACCUCUCACUAACAGCUUUGUAGGAAGCACUUUUAAUGUUUUCUCUCAUGCACACAUACACGCACACAAACACACACACAAAGGUACAACAAUGUGCAUAUAUUUAUUCUGUAAUUUCAAGUGAAUAUAAAUUGUAAAGGUAAUGUUUAAUCAUUGUACAGUGAUGCGUCUGGUAUAGCUUUCCUAAUAAAACGUUUUGAAAAACAAUGCAUAUAUAUAUAUAUAUAUAUAUAUAUACAACCCCAAAUAUAUAUAUAUAUAUAGGAAUACAAAGCUUGAACCUGAAACUUCAGCUUCCCCCACGGAGAUUUCCUUCCCUCCCAUAACCUUGAACGCUAUUUUAUUAAUAACAGUUCGAUGCACUGUGAUGUUAACAGAGAAAAAAAAAAACCUGUACAGCGUCUCUUGCCAAGAUACCACCCGAGACUGUCACAAAUCCGAUUUGCGAUCUGUAUCCCUGCUGUGCUCUGCUGAUAGUUAAAAAUACCGGGAAAAUUGGGAGCGCAUCCCGCCGGAGCGCUGGCUCCCGGCCUGCUGGAGGCACCGAGGCUUCGCUGGGGUGCCCCCGGCGCUCGCAGCCGCAGUCCGUGCGGGGCGAGCAGUCAAAAUGCGCAGGAGAGGGGGUGAAUUAAACCGCAUUUCCAGUUUGGAAUGGGGUGAUGGCGAUCUGGAAAAGAGCCUCUCCCCGCUCCCGCCCGCAAGCGGAGCGAGACCAAAGACGAUCGGAUUUCCCUGCCCCCGGGGGGCAGGUCCCGGUUGGUAUCUUGUCCCCGUUGGUGUGUUGUCCGCGUUGUCCCCACCGUGUCCCCGCCGGUGUUGUGUCCCCGCCGGCCCCGGGACGGGCGCGGUGCGCGGCCCCGCGCGGCCGCCAGGUGGCACCGGCGCUCCAGCGCUGGGGCGGGAGCGCGCACGGACCCGCUCCUGGAGCCGCCUCUGGAGCCGCCUUUGGAGCCGCUCCUGCAUCCCGACCCCGCUCCCGGUCCGGACCCGCUCCCGACCCUUCUCUUGCCCCCCCGCCCGCCCCGCUGAAUGUACCCCCGGGCGCCUUAUACCGGGGCGGGGUACGGCCUGCGCAGCCCCGAAGUUCUUCAAAUAGCGAUUUUUAUACAGAAAUCCCCAAUCUAUCCAUAAAUAUAAUUUGUCUGAGCAGCGGUCAGGGUGAUGUAUCCAGGUGUAUGGAGGUUAUUCGCCCGCUGAGCUCCAAAGGUGCUGCCCGGAGCGCUCCUGCCGCUGUCCCGAGGGGACCGGGAUUUGUCACCUCCCCGCCCCAAGGUCACUCUCCCGACCAUCCGCCCUCCUCCCUCUGGGGAACAGCUCGGUUUCACCCUGCACAGUGUGUUUUAACAGAGACGAACCCAUAAAUACUUGUUUCCCACCACCCCCCCCCUUCCCCCAAGUGUUGCUAUUUACAGCUCCAACCAGGAUGUGCUCCUUGUAGGCUUUUUGCAUUCAUCUGUCUUGGAGAGUCAUGGUAGAAGCUGUGGGUGUCUGGAGACACAGGGACUGCUCCAGACGUUUGUCAACCCAGCAUCACCUCCACUACAUCAGUAAAAAUGUCACCCAUUUGAAUUUUUUCUGUUGAGUUGAUACAGUGUUUUCUCACUGCUGCCUUCAGCUCUAAUCCCUUGGGGUUGGUUCAUUCCUUUGCUUUGUUGUUUGUUUUGCUGCUUGUUUUUUUUCAAAAUGGAUAAUAGAAGAGCAUGCACGUGCUAAAGGUGUGAAACAUGCAAGUGCAAAGGCCAGAUCCUCCUCCUCAUAGUCGUAAGAAUUACAUCCAUGAGCCUACAUGCAAGUAAUGUGGAGCUGUAUAAAUCAGGUUAAAGUACAACCCCCAGUGAGAGUGGUGCUGUAAACAUUUGGCAAUGUCACCAAACCCCCAAGUGUUCAUACUUGUAUCCAAAUAGAGUAAAGCCGGUUGCAAAUAAUGUUUAUAUUUUAAUUAAACUGCAGAAAGGCAAGAGAAUUUCAACAUAGCUAUAGGCAGUAAUCUCGCCCGUGGACGGUGAGCAGAUCUAUUUAUUCAGUGGAAAAUAAAUUUGUUCUAUGAGAAUGGAAUUUUGUAUUAAAAGAGAUAAUUUUUGGCUUAUGUUGAGUUAUUUUUCUUUCCUUGCGUAGGAAACUUCCUUUUCCUUGUGUGCUGAGAUGAUUUGGGGAUGAAUUGCUCUGGAAGUGCUGACAAUAUUUAAGGGACAAUUCAAUCUGGAAGUGUUGACAAUGUUUAAAAGGAUAAUUCGCUUUGGAAUUGUUGACAAUAUUUAAGUGUGAUGUCUAAAGGGUGUUUUGAUGACUCUUAUUUUGCUGUUUCAUUGUGUUGAGCUGAGGCUGAGUGGGUGGCAGCAGUGCUUUCCACUGCAGGAAACUAAAAUGGAUCCAUCAUCUCUGAUCUGUGAUAGGUGACUCUUUACCUAGGUUACACCUAAUUAUUAGGUAGUAUUAAUGCUAAUUAUAUCAUUAUCAGCAGUAUUCUUGGUAGCAUUCAUGAUACUGGGAAGAAAUCAAAUAAAGUCAAAGUGAUCUGCAGUUACAUUAGAGCUGUUUCACAGGAUACUAUUUUAAAUAAAUAUUUUUUUAGCUUAUUUCAUUGUUGUACAAGUACCUCGUGUUGGCUUGAGCAGUUCAGCCUGUGGGGGUGCUGGUAGCAAAGUUUUCAGCAUGUGUUUGGUCUAUUCACUCAUUGACUAUAUUGAAAUUCUUCCUACAGGUGGAAAAGAACAGCAAGGCCAGGUAAGUCCCAAUCAAUAGCAGCUGCACACAGGGAAAUAGAAAGGAUGGUGCUCAAUUAUUGGUGCUCUUUUUUAUUUCCUGGAUAUUGUCAUUGAUGUCACUGUCACACUGUGCCCUGGGUUAAAAAAUUUGCUUGGAAAUUGCUUCGUGGAUCUCUUGAGUGUAUCAACAGUGAGAGAAAGAUGUUCAUUGUCACAGUAUGAAUAAUAAUCUGAAUUUUGGGAAGCAAUCCAAUGCCUGUUGCAGGAAGACAGGACCUGAACUGCUGUGGUUAGAUGAGUACUGAGAGUGAGAACCCCAUUUGUUAUUCAGUGAAUAUGAGUUAAGCUGUGGUAGCUCAAGAUUUUGUCAGAGACAAAACCACUUUUGAGCGUGGCUGAUUUGGUUUUAAGCUAGAAAUGUGUGUUUUCAUUCAACUUAUGUUCUCUCUGUGAACUCUUCCAGCAGCAGGAGAAAAAAGGUCUCUACAAAAUGUCAAUCUGCAGUGCUGCACAUUUCUGGAGAACUCAGGUGUGCCAGCAGCACUUCAUGAGCUCUGUGCUGCUUCCACUUGGUUCAAGUACCUCCUUCAGAGGAAGGAGACCUUGAUGAUUUGGGUUUAGGUUGAACAGAAAUGUUCACACGAAAAAAAAUUGCGUAGAAUUUGGCUGUAAGUGGGGCAGUUCAUCGCUCAGCUACAUCACUCAACCACAGGGUAUGACUUCUGGCAGAGCUCCAGCCACUUAGGUGGGAACUUGUUCCAGGCUUGCACUUCUUCCAAAGGCACUUGCUUUUACAAUGUGGAUUUAUGUGCACUUGGAAAUCAGGCUGCUGUGCGUGGCAUAUUCUUAUUUUCUGAGUUUUCCAAGGCCCCAUUCUAAAUCUGGCUUCCUCAUAGCUGGGUUUCACAGUGAAUUUAUGUGGGGAUGGAUUUAUGAAUGGGUUGUACAGUACAACACAGUUGUUCUCCGUGGAAGAAAUGUAAAUCCACACAGUAUGGAGAUUCACAACAGCUUUUUGUACAAAAAUUGCUAUUUUUUGAUGCUGAUGUGAGUGGAAAUACAACUCCUUUUUCCAAUUCUUGAAAUAUUGCUGUUUUGAUUGGGCAGGUGUAGCUAUGCCCCAGUUUGAAACCUGUUUGAGCUAGUGGAAGAAUUGGAACGUGCUUGGAACAAACCCUUGAGUGGGUAUGGCCUGGAGGCCCAAUUUUGCUCCCUUGGAGCAAGUGUUGAAACACCACAUUAUGCUCAGAUUUAGUCAACAGACUUGAAUGAGGAGCGAAAUCUGAUCUGAGAAAAUUACAACAUAUAUUAAGUGGAUUCAAGUAUGUUGAGACAAGUGCUCCCUGUGACUAUUUCAGAAUAAAAUGAGUCAUGGUACAGAGAAAAUGGGUUUGUAUCAAUUUUCUGAUUGACCUCACUCACAAAUUAAGGCUUUUGAUUUUAAAAUAAGAAUAUUUGCAUCAAGACAAAUUAGUUUAGACCUAAUGUCAUUGGUAACCAACUAGCCAAGAAGAUUAUUAAUGUAACAAUUGCAAAUUGUUUGGAAAUACUUUAUUAGUAUUAUCUUUCUCUUUGAAAGCAAGAAUAUUAACAAUACCAACCCAGGCCAUUCUGUGAUUCUAUAAUUAACAGGCACUGACAAUUGUGUUUCAGAGAAUUAUUCUUAAAAUGCCUUUUCCUUGAUCCUUAUAGUUUCCCAGUUGUAAAAUUAUGUAAUUCCCAUUUUUGUUGAGGUUGUUUGGGGCAAUUUGGGGUGUUUCUGAGGAAAGCAUUUGCUUUGCUACACAUGGGGUUCACCCAGGAGGUGAAACUUGUGGCUUAUCUUUGAUCACUGGGAGUGUAUCUGGAAAUGCUCCCCUGUGGUGGCAUUUUCUGUUAAAUUGGUCGAUAUUGUGUUUUUCAGAACGGUGUCAGACAGAUCAUUUUGGGGGAAAAAUGACAGGAAAAGGCUCAAAGGAGCAGAGCCCCUGGCAUUGCUGUAGGAAUGCUCUGUCCCACAUUCACACUGGGCAGGCUCUGCGGGGUGGAUGUUGCAUCAACCAUUAUAUUUCUGAAUGUUAAGGAUGCUCAUCUGAAGUGUGGGGUUAUUUUUAGGCAUCAUGAAGAUGUACAUGAUAUACUCAGCUGUUGGGUGCCUUAAAAAGAAUAGGUACAAAUAGAGGGCAUAGCACAACAUAAAAUAUGGAUAACUCACUCAUGUCAUACACUGAAUCUUUAAUGUCCAUUUGCUUUUUCUGACAUCUUUAUUUCUCCACCAGAAUUUUCUAAAUCUCUCAGAGAUAUCCUGUAUAUUCUAUGAAUCCUGAAGAAAUAUUUUAGGCUAACCAAGGGUUGAAUCUCUCAGUAUCUGGGAAUUCAAACAUGUGCCACUAGCUGGGGAGGAAUAUCCUGCCCAUGGCACGUGGCACAGCAAUUUGGCACCUUGUUGUAGCGUGGUGCCAGGGAGGGAGGUUCUCUGCAGCAAUGAGAUUUUCCAGGAGGGAUUGAAUGAUUCCAAACAGGAGCUCCUGAAUUGUGAUAAAUCACUAUUGGAAUGGAAGAGACCUGAGAUGUGCUGCUGCUUCUGAUGGCACUGCCAUCCCUGCUGCUGGUGGUGGCACCUGGCACCGUUGCCAAGGAGGGACCCCUAUCACAGUAACCCUAAAAAAACCAACCAAACAGCCAAAAAAAAGCAUAGGAAAGGUUUGGGAGCCUUUAUCCUGCAGGGACCAUCUCAUCUGAAGUUAAUGACUUUCUCCAGAUGUUACAGUGGCAUUAAUAUACUGUUAUGGGAUUUUUAUGGAGUUUUUUCUUGCUUUCCUCAGCUUUACUUUGCUUUUCCAGAGACAGUACCUGGUUUACAUGUUAAAGAACUGCAGGAAUGUGUUUGUUGAUACUUUUUCAGACCAAAAUUGUUUAAAACUGAGUCUGUCACAAAAGACUGUCCUAAACUGAGAUGAGUUUUCUAGAAAGCUACAAAAACCUUUGGUUUUGUACUUGCUCUAUAGGUUAUUACAUGUCCAUUAUUGUAUAACCCUUUAACCAAAGUCUGUCAUUGAGCUUUGGAGGCUUUGGUUUUGCAAAUCAAAGUUAAUUGUUUGUUUGCUUUUGGGUUUUUUUUUGUUCUGUGAUUGUUUGGUUUGAUUUUAUUCUGCGUAUGACUGGAGAGAGGGAAAUAUUGCAAAGUGUGACAAUUCUCACCAAACUAUACUUUUUAAUAGGACUUUUAAAUUUAAUUCUUUUUAUUUUCUUCAGAGAAUGAAGGACUUAUGCUCAAAAUAGUGCAGGAAUUGCCACUCAAUAGAGCUGAUAUGUGUUCACUCUGCUGUGUCCUGAGAGUGCCCAGGACAGUCUGACUCAAAGGGAGGUGUAAGAAAUUCCCACUAGUGAGAUUCCAGGGUUGGAUUUGUCCAGCUAAUCUGCUCCACCCUGAGAAAUCCAGUCCCUGGGGUGCUGCACCACUGGAGGGACUGGCUCAGUGUCUACAGGGAGCACUUAAAAAAAUCAUGUAGCAUUUUGGUGAAAAAUGAGCUUUUAAAAAGCUGGGCAUUUAAAAUUUUGUCUCUGUUUUCUUUAGAAAACUCAUCCAGAGUUUCUCUGGUGCCGUUAAACUGCCCUGCAAGGGCACAUCUGAUCAGUUGUCCUCAAAGCACUGCUGAAAUAAAUGUGUAGCUAAUGCAUUCUUCUUAAUUGGAGAGCAAUUUCUUGUGGCAUCACUUCUGUUAUGUUUUCUUGCAGUGACCCAAAACCCCUGGCUGCUUUGGAAAGUGGAUAGUAUUGGCAAGCAAAGAAAUAUGGCAAGUAAAGAGUGGUGUAUUGCACCUCAAGACUUCCCUCUGUACCGACUGGAUUGCCCACCUGGCCCUCGGCUCUGUAGCAGCCCCCCGAGGUUGGCCCCGGUGGUGUCACGGGCCCCGUGCUCUGCCAGCCCCUCCGAGCCAACCAAAGCCUGUCACAGCCUUCAGAGCACAAAUCCCUGGGCAGAUGGAUCCCUAACAGCUACACUUCAGGGAGAAAGCGGAGAUGCUCCUAAAAUUAGUUGCUGACAGCUCAAAGGAGGAGUAGCUGCCUCCCGUGUCGUUACUUCUUCUGGAACAGGGACGUGUGUUAUGGAAAUGCUGACACUGGGUUUGUACAGCAUGUACACAUGUGCUGUGUGUGUGUCUAAGUGUGUACCCAUGAAUGCACUGUUACAGUGUAGGAUUGGAUUGCUGGAAAGUUCUGGGGGGUUCAGGAGCAUGGCUUGCUUUGGACUGUUAUUCAAAUAUGGGCAUUUUGGUAACGAAGCUAAAAAUAACCACUUAACGACCUACAUUCCCAAUGUAGGUCAGUGGAGGCACUUCUCAGACAUAUUAGCAUUUUGGACACUUAAUCUUAGCAGCAUAUUGCAUCUCCUAGAAUAGGUUAGUAGAGGCAAGGCAGGAGGAAUUGCUGCAUCUCGAGUCGUUCCGAAAGGUUGCCAAGUUUCUCAGGAACCAGAGCGGCAGAAUAAUGAGGAUUAUAUUUAAUUUGGGAUGGAGAGGCAACCGUGGGGUGUUCAGCAGAGGCAGCUGGGAUCAUCUUGGCUCUGUGGGGGAGGGAGAAUUUAUAACUCUAGCUAGCUAAAAAGCAAGCUGUGUGUGCAUUUGUGUGUAUAUAUAUAUAUAUAUUUAUAUAUAUGUAUAUACAAAUCUGUGUAUGUGUAUAUAGCACCGUGUGUAUAUAUGUAUGUAUGUAUAUGCCUAAAAUGUAUUAUAUGUGUAUCUAUAGAUAUGUAUACAUUUAUAUGAAUUUAUAUUUCUCUAUAUAAAUAGUCAUGCAACUAUGGGAAGUCACAAUUCAACGGUGUGUCCUUUUUCUUUAAAACACAACAAAAAGCUGCUUCCGUUAAUAUCAUAUUGGCACAAGUGUCUUAAGUUUUCUUUUCUCUUUAAAAAGGAGUGGUGCUUGGGGCCGAGCACAAGCCUGGAAGGGUUUGACUCUUCUAGAGGACUCAGAGUAAAUCAUUAUCUGCUCCACAACCAUUCUACAUUUGUGACAUAAAGUGGUGGCCAAAAUGACUCAGGGCUGGUUUUGUAGGUGAACAAAGUGGGUUGUUGACUGUUUGGAAGUCUCUGUUAUGCUCAUGGAUUUUUGAUGGUGAAAUGUCUGCACUGAUAAUUAUUCUGGUUGCUGUUAAUGCCCAGCUAAUGCAAAUGGCUUGAACAGAGGAAAAAAAGAUGAAUUUUCUGCUCUAAAGUAAGUUAUCUGAAGUCUGAUUACGUUGACUCAGUGAUGUAUGGAUUUCCAUUUAGGGGCAGGAUGUUGGGCUGUAAGUCAAGAAUCUCAGCUCAGUGAACAUCUAGUUUGGGAUGUCUUUUAUGUUACAAUUGAUUUUAAAUCAUUUCAAUUCAUCAUCAGAACAAGCUAUACCUUAAUUCAUGAUAAGCUCAAAGGAUCUCUCAGCUGGAAACCCAUUCAUAGCAGGGUGAAUUUUGCACUUGUCUUCGGUGGGGUUGAAUCAGGUCAGAGAGUUUCAUUCAGUGCUGGCAUAAAAACAAUCUUGUAGCUGUGCAACUAUUAAUUCAAAUUGUAAUUUUGUAAUAAAAGCAGCCUAAAAAUGA